GGGUUGGAUCCACUUCUGCAUGGAAACGCCAAACAAGCACCUGCCAAUGUAUUUCCAAAGUUAAUCGAAUUGUCAGAGAAAAUCAUCAUGGGAGGAGCUGUGAGCGCAGGAGAAGACAAUGAUGAUUUAAUUGAUAACUUGAAAGAAGCACAAUAUAUUCGCACUGAGAGAGUUGAGCAAGCCUUCAGAGCUAUUGAUCGUGGUGAUUACUAUCUAGAAGGAUAUAGGGACAAUGCUUAUAAAGAUUUGGCUUGGAAGCAUGGGAAUAUACAUUUAUCAGCACCUUGCAUUUAUUCUGAAGUAAUGGAAGCACUGAAACUUCAGCCAGGAUUGUCUUUUCUUAAUCUGGGUAGUGGAACUGGCUAUUUAAGCACUAUGGUGGGAUUGAUAUUAGGCCCUUUUGGAAUAAAUCAUGGAAUAGAACUUCAUCCAGAUGUGGUAGAAUAUGCAAAGGAAAAACUGGAGAGCUUCAUAAAAUAUAGUGAUAGUUUUGAUAAGUUUGAAUUUUGUGAACCUGCCUUCGUAGUUGGCAACUGUUUGCAGAUAGCAUCUGACAGUCAUCAAUAUGACCGGAUUUACUGUGGAGCUGGUGUCCAAAAAGACCAUGAGAACUACAUGAAAAUCUUACUGAAAGUUGGAGGCAUUCUAGUUAUGCCCAUAGAAGAUCAGAUCUCAAAGGGCUUUUCUACGCUAACGCAGAUUCUAAGAACUGGACAAAAUACUUGGGAAAGUAAAAAUAUCCUUGCUGUUUCAUUUGCUCCACUUGUGCAACCAAGCAAGAGUGACAACAGCAAAAAUGAUACAGUGGGACUGCCCCCCUGUGCAGUUAGGAAUCUCCAGGACUUGGCUCGGAUCUAUAUUAGGCGCACUCUUAGAAACUAUAUAAAUGAGGAGAUGCAAGCCAAAGGUGUUGUUCAGAAGCCGCCACCAAAACGUAAACGCAGAAGAUGCCGCAGGCGCAGGAUUAACACCUAUGUCUUUGUAGGUAAUCAGCUCAUUCCUCAGCCUAUAGAUAGUGAAGAAGAUGAAAAGAUGGAAGAAGACAGCAAAGAGGAAGAAGAGAAAGAUCACAGUGAAGUCUUGAACCCUGAAGAACCACUGCGAAAUCUCUUACGGGAAAGAAUAAUGAGCUUACCACUCCCUGAAUCACUAAAAGCCUACUUGACUUACUAUAGAGAAAAAUAACUUGUUUUAAGUAGAAGUGAUAAUGCUGACUUGAUUGUUCCAUUAUUCUUGAAAUGUAGCAUUUACUAAGAAAUAGGUGGACAAAUACCAGUAGUCUUUCUUCAAGACUAAAGUGCAGUGAUGAAAUGAAACGUAAUUUGUCUUAACUUUGCUACAAGGACUUGCAUUCAACAGUAGACUUCUGUUUUAGAUCCAUUUUUUGUUACCUUUUGAAAAACAUGCUCUUUUAACUCUAAUAGAAAUAUAUUCCAAAGCGGUAUGCAGCACUAAUUAAGAGUUUGCAUGA